CGUCACGCCAGUGUUGCUUUUCAACAUUUCUUACUUUUGAUGAAUAGAUGACAAUGGUCCUGUCUACUGUCUCUCUCACUGCCCUGCUUCUGACCCUGACUGGUUACAGGCCCGCUGUAAUCACACAAGAUAAGUCCAUCUCCGUCACCCUGGGGGCCAUUGUGAAAAUCCCAUGUAGCAUUGACAAUGACUGGGUAUUGACCUGGUACCAACAGAAGCCUGGAGAUGGCCCCAAAUUUUUACUUGUCAUUGAAAAUCAGAGAGCAUCUGGGUUGCCGAGCAGGUUCACAUCUUCGGGAACCCGAAGCACCACCCAGUAUCUACACAUCAACGGAGUGCUGGCAGAAGACGAGGCAGUGUAUCACUGUGGUGGACAUCAGUGUUAUAAAUGGAUUGGUACCUUAUACAAAAACCUACCACAGCACCAAACAAACCGUCCUCCGUCCACCCCCACUCUGGUUCUGAUGGCCCCAACCCAGGCACCUCUCUCUGGGGACAGCACCGCCUUGGUGUGCCUGGCUCGGGCCUUCUACCCUGACGAUGCUAUCGUGACCUGGUCCGAGAACGGAGGCACUGUGACUGGCACUGAGGUCCAGACAGGUGUGUCCCAACGGCAAGCUGACGCCACGUACAAGCUCAGCAGUGUCCUCACCCUGACCUCCGCACGCUGGAGCUCCGGACACACCUUCACCUGCCAGCUGACUCACUCCUCACUGAGCAGCCCGCUGAGCAAGAGUGUGAUCAGUGACCAGUGUGUCGGCUGAGAGAGAUCCAUUUGUGCGACCCGUCAUGGUCCACACGUUUACCUCCUUUUUAUUUCCUGUAGGUGAACAUUUGAAUGUUGUAGUCAAUGGAAGCCUCUAGUUUUCCAAAUUGGUGUUGCAAGUAAAGUUCUGCCUACUGCU